UUCGGUUCGGCUACGAAGUCGUCGGAUUCCGGAUUGACGGUUGGGGUUUGCUGGCGUCCGUGGCAGCGUCGGGUCCACAGAGCAUCGAACAACAUUGCCACGGGCAGUCAGUGAUCCGGGCCAUUUCGGGCGAGCCAGAGCAACCGUUUGCAUCCGGGCGUUCGGUGUGUAGUGUUACGUCGGCGUCGUGUCGCGCCAACAAGCAGUCAACUAACCAAGCACAACCUGGUUGGGUUAGGUGUGUGUGACUGUGCUGUGCUGUGUGUUCGUCUGUUCGCUCUUUACCGAUCCUGCCCAAUUUCGGUUCCGUGCACUGAACUUUCCAGUGGAAUCGGAAAUCUACACCCGCCGCCCCGUUCCUGGGGUCGCUUGAGCGAGUUUGUCUCACCCAGCCGACGACGAUGACGACGACACGGGGCCCAACAAAGAGCAACAUGCUCAGUGGGUUUCCUGCUGGAAUUCCGUUCUGACUGCGCUUUGCUUUCUUAUCCAACGCGUCCGUGGCGUUUGCUGUAGUAUUCUGGGUACUAGUUGUUGUGGGUCGCGUUUGUAAAACGGUUUGUGUAAGCUGGUGUUCCCCGAGUGUGUCGCAUGUCCCACAGAGCGUUCCCCGUCCGUCCUAUCUUUUGCACUGCUGGGGGUCGAUCCGGCACCGUUUAACGCAAAAUUAGGACGACGUCGACGACCGGACCGAGCAAACGAACGAAUUGCAGUGUCAGCCCGCGCGCGCUUGUUGUGUAACGUGUCCAUAUUUGGGCAGUGCCACACUGCGGACACCUGCGUUGUUUUGUUGCUCGUGUGUGUGUGUGUUUUUUUUCAGAGAGAAGAUUUUUAUCUUUUUUUCCCACCGCCGGUGCGUUAAAGUUUAUCGAUGCGGUAGUUGCGCCGGCGAGCGUUAAAUCGAGAAGCGACACCGACAACACUAUUUACAAGCGACAAAGUGAGCAUUGGCCGGGCGGUGUAGAAAAACCGCACCGUUUCACACCCGCCUCGGAGCAAAACGAUCCUCCCUUCAGUGGUGUGGUGUGUAUGUGUGUGUUUUGUGUGUCUGCUGUAAAAGUCGGAGCGCAUAGUGGCUGGUGGAGUAGUGCUCGCCGUCUGCUCGUGCUAGAGAGCUGCAAGCAAAUAACAAACAAGUGCGGACAGUACGUCCCCCCCAUCAGUGUGUGUGUGUGUGUGUGUGGUUCACGCUCCAUGGUGUGCAACAGUGUGAGAAGUGCGACAAAAAAGUGCGACGUACGUACAGCGCCUCGUCUCGUGAUUGAAUUGCGGUGCUAGCGUGUGGCAAGCCAGUGCCCUUUAGAUUACAGCAGUGCACGACGCGGCAGAAGCAGCAUACAACCCUUCGGCAGGUGCGUUUGAGGGUGAUUUGCUAGCAGCGUACAUAUCCUCGAUCGAAAUUUCGUGCUCGCGUGAACGAUGAAGCCAAAAACGAAAGCGCACCAUUGCUAGCUAGUUCCCAUUCGCAUAUUUCAUCCGCUGACAUAGUGCCAGUCACCAGCCUGAGCUCGGAACAAGCAAAGACACCACUCAGCAUAAGACAAUUCAUUUCCGCGUGCUGCGCGUGUGUGUGUCGGUUGAGAAAGAGGGCAGAUACCAUUCCCCGUUCUGCUUGCGCUUUAUAAGACGGCGUACUGCGUGUCAUUGCAGCUGGGAGCUUUCCGUCUUUUGCUUGCUCCUUGCACUGCACGCUGCAACUCGCACCUUCUGCGGCAACAUUUCGCCUCCACCAGUAAACGCUAGCGGUAGAGCAGUACUGUUCCACACGGCACACAGGGUUAAAUGAAAAUGUCAGACUUUGAGCGAAUAAGGCUAGUGAUUCUAGGUGGAGCCGGCGUCGGCAAAAGCUGCAUCAUAAAACGGUUCCUAUUCAAAACGUACUCCGACAAGUACCGGCCAACGGUGGAGGAUCUGUACAACCGGGAGUACGAUCUCGGCUCAGUUACGCUUAAGGUCGACAUCCUUGAUACGUCCGGCGAGAUGCAGUUUCCGGCCAUGAGGCGGCUCUCGAUUGCGACGGCCCAUGCGUUCCUGCUCGUGUAUGCGACCACGUCCGAGGCCAGCCUGGGCUGCGUGAAGCAGUGCUUCGAGGAGAUACGCGAGCAGCGGGCCGACUUCCAGGACAUUCCCAUGGUAAUCGUGGGCAACAAGUACGACCUGACCGCGUCACACCGUGAGGUUCGCAUCGAGGACGUCUCCGAGUGGGUUUUCUGCGAGCUACCGAAGCUAAAAGUGAAGGUGCUUGAGUGCUCCGCGAAGGAUGAUUACAAUAUAAUGGAAAUAUUUCGCACGUUUGUCACGCUGUCCCGCAUACUGCCGGUGAACGGUAGCGCCGAGUCCGGUUCCGGCUUGAAGCGGCGCUCGUCAGCCUACGUCAGUGCCAGCAGUAAAGCAAAGUCCAGAAUCGGCAGUCCGUCCAUAGGAGGUUGUGAAAAGCCAAAGGAUUCGUCAUCGUACCUGGCGGCAUCCACGUCCGAGGGCACGAGCAGCGGUGGGCUCGGUGGCGCCGUCGGUGGCGCUGCCGAGGUGAAGUCGAAGCCCCGGUCAAGGUCGCUCAUCCGAAGAUCGUCCCGCAAGACGAAGCAACAAAUACAGAACGCGUCCGGCGCCGAAGACUGCAACAUUCAAUGAAUUCGCUGGUGCUUCGUCGGCUGUGACUGAUAUGGGGAGCCGGUCGGGGGUGCUGCUGCUGUUGCUCGGCACGGCUGUUAAACAGGGCUGUUAAACUUCUUGGUGAAAUAGAGGAACCCCACAUAACCUCCCCCCUCUGCAGCGAACGUUAGCGCGAUAUGCGUAUGUGCGUGUGUCAUUUAUGUGUAACCGAACACAACACAACCAUUGCAAAUGGCGCAUGUUUUCUUGUUAUUGUUAUGGGUAGCGUUUGGUGCAAGCGUAGUGCAAGGGUUAGUUGAACCCAUACUCCUCACUCCCUCCCCCCGCCGGUAGUAUUAGAUGAAACGUCCUCCCAUCUCCCGUACCCCUCAACAGUUUGGAGUAACGAUUGUGUUCCAAGUGGCACGACAAGCGAACGGUGGAAAAAAUUAUAUUAAUUGAAUGAAAUUGCGUCUUUGGCGCUCUUCCGCUGCCUCUCCUCCGUUCUGGAAUGGGAAGAGUGUAAGUGUUGUGAUUGAGGAGUAGUAUGGGAUGAGAAGGGGGGGGGGGGGGGCAACAUGUCCCGACACGACCACAAAAAAGACCCCGUCGAAGUAACUAACACCUCUGCAGGGGAAGAAUAAGGUAGAAGUAGCCAGCGUUUAUAGUAGCAUGUUUUUUGGACAAUUGUUGACGUAAGCGUAUAGAGGCGCUAACAAGAACACACUAUUGAUGAAUGCACCCAGCAGGCAAUAGGCAGGGGAUAUGUUUGGCAGUGGUAUUGGUUCAGCAGGAGCUAAAGUUACUAGUGGCAGGGAAGAGAGGACCCGGAUGAUCGUACUAUUAUGGAAGGCCUUUUUCUGGAAUUACCAUUUAUGGGAGAGACAAACGAUUCAUGGGCACAAAAGGCAGGGCAGAGGAAGAAAGUAGAACACCCAGCAGAACAAAAGUAGUUUGGGAAACGCAACCGCGAACCGAUCGCGAUGGGCCUUUGGCAAACGAUCGACUACAGAAAUGGUAAACUCGGUUAGACUUUAGAACGAUCAAACAAAACAAAAAAAGGAACGGGCUGGACGGGCAAACGAACGAACUGUAUCGUAUGUGUGUAAAACCCAAUGUUUGUAAAAAGCAAUAAUUUUCCCGUACCGUUUGACACCGUUCAUUGACCGUUUUGGGAAGAAGGCAGACGUAGAUGGCAAUGGUGCAUGAAGUUUUAUAUAACCUUAAGAAACUAUAACCGCGACACAAUAUCAACGUAUCGAAUGCUACCAAAUCGAUCACACAUUGAACAGAGUAUCGCAGCUGCUGAUCGACGGCUCAACGUGCUCGGUGGUGGUGGUGGAAGAAACGUGGAUGGUGUAGUAGAGAUGUGGAUUACAAACAGUGAGGUAACAUUGCGGUAUUGCAAAACAAAAAAAUCACCCUUUCGAACGAAACUUAACCGAUCCAGCAAUCUACUACCUACAAAUAGCGACGAUAAAUUAUUUAAAAAAAUCUUUUUCUUGGCGUACGCAACACGGUAAAUGGAAGGAGAGAACAUACAAAUAUUCACUACUUACAAUGGUACAACCACGUACAUGAUGAUCUCAGCACAACAAAUGUACCCUCAGUGUAGUUUACAGGAUUUACCAAGGAGUUGCGUUCCGUUUCCCAAAUUUCUUUGAAUUGUUUUCACGAACUAUUGUCUAUUGCCUACUUCAUUUUGAAUCAGUCCCACGAAUCACUUGUGAAACUGAUUCAAAACUGAUGCAGACAGUUGUCAAUAAACGGGAGAUAAAUUUAAAAUACAUUAGGGAAACAUAAAAAAUGGAAAAGAACUAAGAAACACAACUGCAUUAUUUAAGCUAGGUAACUUAUUCUUACUCCAUAAAUCACUUACGCCAUUUUACAUCGAAAGCUUUGCCAUGGUUUUGUGUUUGUUCAACGUCAUUCGGUUCAUCACUGGUCAUUCGGUUCAUCACUGCUGGCAGAGUUUUUCAAUGUAUUUCAUAUAUUUCAUCGCCAUUCGCUGCUACUGAUGCUACAAAUGUUUCCACUUAUAUGCUAGAAUAAAGAUAGAUUGUAAUAUUAGUCCAUACGAGCUGAGCUUAUCCAUUAAUGGACAGUAACUUCUAGUAGCAUCUGUAAAGCGUGUUGGAGAAUUUAAAAUCACUAAAACUACCACUUGUUGGAUCUAUUCACAUCUUACCUUUUUUCUUCGUCACUUGCCGUCGUCUUAUUUUGUUUCAUAAAUUCGUAAAAAAUGGCACUCCGUUUUCUUGAGAAAUAAAUAUUCCUAUUAAAAUAUUUCUUCAGGAACCAUCCAUAACUUACGUAACGCUUAUAAGGGAAACGCUUACAUGACCGAAACAUAAUUGCACUAUGCAUGCUAUAACAAACAUGGUAUUACUUAACACUUUAAAACAUUAAUUUGAUACUGGUUACUAAUAGAUCGGUCCUGGUAGCUAAUGUACUUUGCUAGCUACUUUACUUACAAUUAUGCGAACGCCAGUAUUGAAUAAUUUAGCUACAGUAACUAGUUGGUCACUAUAACGUAACAUGUUUAUUUGUGUUACUUUUGUUUCCAUCUUUUCCAUGCCAUUGUUUCGGUUGAGACCAUUCACCUGAGUUUAAUGCACUGUUUUUUAGCUUUGCUAUGAAGGUAUGCUGAAUUCGACCAAAACAUAAAUUUCGCUAAUUUCUGGUAAAAAACUAACACUCCUAGCUCAUCAGCUAAGGGUGCUGGGUUUAGAAAUAAGCUGCAGUUGCAAUAUUAAAUUACCAUGCAAUGGAAAGAAUGAAAAGGAUAACACUGAAAUGAAACCUUAAGUAUUUAUUCAUAUUUUUCUUUAUAAUUCACAAGGUCAUUAUAUUAUAGCAUUACGUAGUCUGUAGGUGCAAUUUUGAGUUUUUAAUUAUUAUUAUGAACUAGCUGUUCUUUUAGACAAAAAGGUCGCUAGUUGCUGCUGCGUGCACGUUUACUCUACUGACAGCGCAGUAUCCAUAAAAACCCAUACACCCUCAAAAAUAUGCUAGGAAAAUUAUGACGCAAUUUGUAACGCUAGAUGAGAUAACUAAAUGCAAAUCUUUACGCUAAAUGAGAGACAGAGUGAGAAGUGGAACGCAAUGCAAGACAUCUAGGCGCAUCAUGUCUAGAAGGUAGCUGCCGGGACACGCGAUAUAGUCAUUGGUUUUGCCGAGCAACGGAACCAUAUGAAGGAGUAAUUAGGAAUUAGAGCAAAACAAAACCUUAAUCUUACAUUUGUACGCCAUAGGGACACAACAAGGAAGAGCUUUUCUUGCUGAGGAAAACAUAAAGAUACAAAGUGAAUCGAGCAUCUGUGGAGCCACAAUUUUGUGUGGUUUGCAUCUCGCUAACGUUUUAAUAAUGAUGAUAAUUAUAGAAAUUGAAUUCGAGCAAAUAUAGCAUCACAAAGGGUUUUCUUUUUUUUUCUUUUCGCAAAUUGUACCAAAGUUUUGAGCAAAUGUGCUGUGCCGAAAGCGAAUGCUGAAGAUAAGGGAACAUAACUCACACUGUGGACGCACUAGGAUGGGUGUAUUUUCGUGGAGGCGGUUCCGAAUUGCCCCCCCUGGGGGAAGAGGGAUGUUUAUUUGCUCAGUUCCACUGAAGGAGUAAUGUUCAUUUAACCUCGUCAUGGUAGAAAAUGGGCGAAGAAAAUGCACAACAAUGGCACACUGUGUAAAUGGGCAUCACAUAUCGUCGUUACAUCACGUUAUUGUUCGAACGUUGGGACAGUUCGUUUCUUGCCCGUGUGUGUAAGACGGGAUUGUUUGCUGAUCCGAACGAGAGACAGACUGUUGUUUAGGUGGAAUUAGCUGAACGUUACUACAAUUGCAAUUGCAUUGAAUGUGAUUUAAUAAUACAAAUGAAACAAAGUUCGUUCGUUGCAUAGACGGCUCCCUUAAUAGAUGUAACAAAUCUCACCUAGAAGUACUAGGUCUCUCCAGUAUCCGUUUCCUUAUCCAGAGAACCAAAAGAAGACAAAAACAACCCGUAUCCCUGUGUACCCUGUGUGACCGAUUGGCUUUUCUUGAGUCUUGAACCAUUACCGAACAACUCAGUUCAGUUAUCGAACCAACUUACAAAACUAGACUUAUAGUAAUCUACGAUAUCCAGAGUUUGCAUCAUAUAUAUAUGACUCUCUGUACCGGUAAAUGUCUGAAUGUUGUGUCAAAAACAAAACAAACAAAAAACGGAUGGUGUAACUGAUUUUGUGGUUUGCUACAACUUCUUCUUGUUCAGAUAUAACUUGCUCUAGUCUCUGACACGGCACGUAGAACAGCAUGUUGCCGGGUCGACGUACAUAGGAUAACUUUUUACAGAUUACUUAAACCAGCAGGCUAACGGACAUUCAAUCCGGCUGAAUUGUUGUCACUGUUCUGAUAACUAGCUCGAUUCCAAUCGAUGCAUUCGAUGCUGAGCAUUGCCGCUUUCGUUAGGUAAAUUGACUGCGCACUUCGUUUUCAACCCAAGAAACAUUAAAAAAGGUAGAAUUAUUUUAAAAAAACACGAAAUUGUGGUCAGAGAAUGAAACCUGCGCAACGUGAGUACCAAUUUGCGAAUAGCUUAAUGUGUAAGAUUGAAGAAACCAUGAAACAAACCGUUACUUAUGAGAUAUCAAAAUAAGAUGAUCAAAACAAGAAGGAAAGUGAAGAUGUUUACAAAGCGAUUGCAACAACGUUGCAGCAGAUAAGCGGUCGCAGCCAACCAAUGCAUUUGUAAUAAGAUAAGAAGGUAACACAUAUUUCUUACUAAUAAACUGUUUCGAUUAUCCUUUCCUUAU